AUGAUAAUAGCAUCACUACUUAUAGCAGCAGCAGCAACAACUGCAGCAACAGCAGCAGCAGCAACAACUGCAGCAACAGCAGCAGCAGCAACAACUGCAGCAGCAGCAGCAGCAGCAGGCCGCAACAGAAAUACAUCUAUUGAAGCAGCAGCAGCAAGAAGCAGCAGCAGCAGCAGCAGCAGCAGCAGCGGGAGCAGCGGCAGCAGCAGCAGCAGAGGGGGGAGAAGCAGAAGAAGAAGCACACAGACACACCACGCCGUCCUGCAGCAGCAGCAGCAGCAGCAGCAGCAGCAGCAGCAAGAACAGCAGAAAUUGCAGCAACAGAAAAGCAGGAAUAACAGCAGCAGCAGCAACAGCAGUAGCAGCAGCAGCAGCAGUAGCAGCAGCAACAACAGCAGCCACAGCAGCAACAACAGCAGCAACAACAGCAGCAACAACAGCAGCAGCAACAGCACCAGCAACAACAGCAGCAACAGCAACAGCAACAACAACAGCAGCCACAGCAGCAACAACAGCAGCAACAACAGCAGCAACAGCAACAGAAACAGCAACAGCACCAGCAACAACAGCAGCAACAGCAGCAACAGCAGCAACAGCAGCAACAGCAGCAACAGCAGCAGCAGCAGCAGCAGUAUUGUUACUUCAAAGCCGCUGUCUGCUGGAGGAGUCUGGGAUGAGUCGAGCAAGACACGCUUGCUACAGCAGCAGCAGCAGCAACAGCAGCAACAGCAGCAGCAGCAGCAGCAGCAACCGCAGCAGCAGCAGCAGCAGCAGCAGCGACUACCGCAACGACAGCAACAGGACCAGCAGCACUGCAGUCGUCUGCAGCAGCAGCAGCAGCAGCAGCAGCAACAGCAACAGCAGCAGCAGCAGCAGCAGCAGCAGCAGCGUCAUAAGGUUGUAUUGAAGGAGACAAAAGCUGCAGCCUUUAUAACCUAUGGGCAUCCACAGACAACAGCAGCAACAGCAGCAGCAGCAACUGCUGCUGCUACUGCUGCUGCUGCUGCUGCUGCUGCAGCUCGUGUUGCAACUGCUGCUGAUUUGAAGGACAGCCGCAGAUGUUCUGCUGCUGCAGCACGAAGACAAUCAUCAUCAGCAGCAGCAACAGCAGCAGCAGCAGCAGCAGCAGCAGCAGAUGGCUCAGCCUUACACCUACAGCAGCAGCAACAGCAGCAAGAACAACAGCAGCAGCAGCAGCAGCAAAGGAAGCAGCAGCAAACACAGCAGCAGCAAAAGCAGCAAAACCCGCAGCAGCAGCAGCAGCAGAUGGCUAUCAGAAGGCACGUCGUCCCCGUUCAAGCGAAUCUGCUGCUGCUGCUGCUGCUGCAGCAACAGCAGCAGCAGCAGCAACUACAAAAAAAGCAUCAAGAGCAGCAGCACCCGCAGUACCCAGAGCAGCAGCACCCGCAGCAGCAGCAGCAGCAACAGCAGCAGCAGCAGCAGCACCGUUCGGCAGCCGUCGAUAUCGUCUCAGGCGUCGGGGCCUUGCUGCUGCUAGCAGCAGCCUUACACCUACAGCAGCAGCAGCAGCAGCAGCAAGAACAACAGCAGCAGCAGCAGCAAAGGAAGCAGCAGCAAACACAGCAGCAGCAAAACCUGCAGCAGCAAAACCUGCAGCAGCAGCAGCAGCAGCAGAUGGCUAUCAGAAGGCGCGUCGUCCCCGUUCAAGCGAAUCUGCUGCUGCUGCUGCUGCUGCUGCAGCAGCAGCAGCAACUACAAAAAAAACAUCAAGAGCAGCAGCACCCGCAGCACCCAGAGCAGCAGCACCCGCAGCAGCAGCAGCAGCAGCAGCAGCAACAGCAGCAGCACCAUUCGGCAGCCGUCGGUAUCGUCUCGUGCUGCUGCUGCGGGGGCAGCUGA